AAAUCACUAAUAGAAUCGAAAAGGGAUUCAGACACCCCACAGCCCUAAACAUAGAUUGGAGAAAGCAUCUAAACAGAAGAGACAAAGAGAACCCUAGAAACCCUAAAACGCAGCAAGAACCCAAAUAAGACAGAAAACGAAUCCGCAAAAAAAGAUUAGACACCUAAGCAAGAUCUACCAACACACAAGAGAACCCGACGAAAGCAGGAACCCACAGAACCACAAGAUCUAAGCAAAACUCCAAAACCUGGAACUAGCACUCUAGAAAGAGAAAAAAUCCCACAGAGGAGAACUUGAUAUACAAUAUGACCCGUUUGACCAUGAAAAAAGUUGGGCCGUUACAAGUCCAUUGAAAUUCGCACCACUCACAAGACUUCGAGUCGCACAAGCACCCCUCGUCAAUCCCAAUGAAGAAGCCCUAGCUAUAAGAAGGUGGAUUUCCUUCUCUUUUCGUUCCAUACACGGCCGCCCAAAACAAGUGGAGGCAUCCCUCACAAUUUAUCCCAAAAUUAUCACAAACACUACAACCACCUCUCAGAUCCGUGAAUUGAAGCCUUGUUCGUGACGUGAGACGGCAACUGGAGGACGGUUUAGAGGAGCGGCGGCCGGAGACGGCUCAUCAAGUGGCCCGAGCGAAUAACGGCGACUUCCGAUUGGUCUGUACGGCUCCGACUCCGAGCGGUUUAUUCAGAUUUCGGCUCGAAUUCCGGCGAACAGCAGCAGAUUAGGGGAACGGAGAGGUCUCGGGCUGAGCGGAGGUGGCGGGGACACCGUUCAUCGAAUUUGUCGUAGAGGCCGACAGGCAAUUUGUUUCCACCUUCUAUGGACACCGGAAAGAGAGCCCAAAUUCCGUCCAUGGUUUGAAGGCCUCUGAAACUAAUUUAUGGCGAGGAAGGUGGAAAUGCUUGAAGGGGUCUCGUUCGUGAGAUCCGAAAAGGUGAAGGAUGAAUUAGUUUUGAAUGGUAACGACAUUGAGCUUGUUUCUAUGGCUGCUGCUUGAUAAAUCAGGUCUCAAAAUAGUCAUGGCUCUCUAAUUUUUGUCUUCUGCCUGGAGAGGUGUUUGGUUCCGAUAUGUGUUUAAGGCAUUGAGUGAUAAUGGAAGAAUCUGAGAAAAGGAAAAAAAGGCUAAAGGCAAUGCGGAUGGAAGCUUCCCAGACGGGAGCUUAUGCCGACUCCAAGAGUCCAGAGUCGGCAUUUGGAGCCCUUUUGAACCCUCUGAUUGAAAAUGAAACAGCCAGUGCCUCUCCACAUCAGCACAAUUUGCCUAGGUUCGGUUAUUACACGGACCCCAUGGCAGCAUUCUCCGGAAGUAAAAGGAGGAACGACAUGUCUCCUCAGGUUUUUCAUGGACAUCACAACACACCCCCAAGGCUGUUCUAUCAAGGCACGACCACGACCCCAAACCCAGAGUACAGUUAUCAUUCACAGGUUACCUUUCCAGGUCCUGGGGCACUCAACCCUUACCCACCCAAAACCCAAUUCAAUAAUGGGCCUCCCCCUCCCUUGGGCCCAACUAGCCCCUUAAGCAGACCCCAGCAAUAUCCCCCAAAACCUUGGGCUGGGCCAGGUGGAGGCGCCUAUAAUAACCAUAACUUUCACCCUCGGCCCAAUUUCCCAAGAGGCGGUAAUUUUACCAGCCCAAGCCCAAGACCAACGAAUUCCAACCACUAUAACCCGGGACGCGGGAGAGGUUUGGGCCCGAAUUCUGGGCCGAGUUUUUCCAGUCGAGGAGCGGGCCCACGUGAUUUCAUCUCGGUUGAUCGACCGCCAGAUUUGUAUUACAGGAAGGAAAUGGUUGAGGAUCCUUGGCGGUUUUUGAGUCCCGUUGUUUGGAAGAGUGGUGAGGCAUGUGCUCGUGAUUCGAAUCAAUCGUGGCUUCCGAAAUCAAUUUCUAUGAAGAAAUCGAAAGCUUCGCCAGGGGGCCCACAGGGGUCGAUCUCUCAGCAGAGCUUGGCCGAGUAUCUGGCAGAGACCUUCAAUGACUCCACCGAUUGAGGUUUUGUUGAAAAUUUGAAAUGGGGAGAAACUAGAGAGAUGUGUAAUUAAUGGAAAUAUUUUUCUCAGGUGCAAAUGGAUAGAUAAACAUUCUUCUAGCUUCUGUAUUUUCAAAUUGUUUGCUGUGUUUGAAUUUCACAAGUUAUGCAUUUUUAUUUCGAAAAACAUAAUGAAUUGGCCCAUCUAUGUUUGUGAUUUUUCAUUCUUAAAGAAAGACGUUCUUG